UGGCGGUUCGAAGGAGUUCAUCUUGAUUAUUGACUCCAAAAGGAGGAGGUACGCAGCAACAAGGAGAAAGAAGGGAUGAUGACGGACGGCAUCCCUUCGACCAGUGGAGCCAUCGGCUCUUCGAACGUGGGAUUUCAGUUGUUGAAAAAGUGCGGAUGGAAGGAAGGUACAGGUCUUGGCGCCUUAGAGCAGGGUAGAUUGGAGCCUCUAGAAGCACAUGUGAAAAACAACAAACGCGGAUUAGGUGCAGAGAAGUCUCGUCAAACUAAAUUGGGCAGUUCUGAAGGCUCUGAUCAUGGAGAAAAAAGAGAGAAGCAUUUGGAUUGCCAGAAGAAGCGAAAGGGUUUAACCAAACGGAUGAGAAAAAUGCUUGAGGAAGAUAAACGAGCAGCAGAAGUGGAAUUCGCCCGCGAGUUUUUCCGUGAGUUUUGGCCAGACAACGUUUGAAGGCCGUAACUUCCAACUUGAUAUGGUUCCCUCCAGUUCUAGUGAGCUUGUAAAGUUCAUGCUGGACAAAUCUCAAGUCAGCUUUUCUGGUAUGGCCAGACCUUUUUCAAGCGAUCUUUUGUGAGGAUCGAUCACCUCUUUAUUUGUACACUAAAUUCUUUCUGUAAAUUAGUUCCAAAUGAUUAAAUCCCCCAUGCUUCCUUUGUGUCUCAAUUCUAAUUGUCAGUUACUUCUAUGGAGAAGUUGUUAGAGCCUUUGGUCAAAUGUAAUCCCUGCAAGUCGCGAUUAGAGCCAGCGCUUGAUCUCCAGCAUUCAUGAACUGAACAUGUUCCAUCUCCUUUUGCCGUGUGAACAAGAUAAGAGUUUUGUAAGAUAAACUAUAUUCGCUUGCGCA